CACACGGCCCCUCUGUCUUUCAGCAUCCGCAGCGUCAUGCAGAAGUACCUGGAGGACCGGGGUGAGGUGACCUUCGAGAAGAUCUUCUCCCAGAAACUGGGGUACCUGCUCUUUCGAGACUUCUGCCUGAAACACCUGGAGGAGGCCAAGCCCUUGGUGGAGUUCUACGAGGAGAUCAAGAGAUACGAGAAGCUGGAGACGGAGGAGGAGCGCCUGGCCUGCAGCCGGGAGAUCUUCGACACCUACAUCAUGAAGGAGCUGCUGGCCUGCUCGCACCCCUUCUCGAAAAGUGCCACCGAGCAUGUCCAGGGCCACCUGGUGAAGAGGCAGGUGCCUCCAGAUCUCUUCCAGCCGUACAUCGAAGAGAUUUGUCAGAACCUCCGAGGGGAUGUGUUCCAGAAAUUCAUCGAGAGUGAUAAAUUCACACGGUUCUGCCAGUGGAAGAAUGUGGAGCUCAACAUCCACCUGACCAUGAACGACUUCAGCGUGCACCGCAUCAUUGGUCGAGGAGGCUUCGGCGAGGUCUAUGGGUGCCGGAAGGCCGACACGGGCAAGAUGUACGCCAUGAAGUGUCUGGACAAGAAGCGCAUCAAGAUGAAGCAGGGGGAGACCCUGGCCCUGAACGAGCGCAUCAUGCUGUCCCUCGUCAGCACCGGGGACUGCCCGUUCAUCGUCUGCAUGUCCUACGCAUUCCACACGCCAGACAAACUCAGCUUCAUCCUAGAUCUCAUGAACGGCGGGGACCUGCACUACCACCUGUCCCAGCACGGCGUCUUCUCCGAGGCCGACAUGCGCUUCUAUGCGGCCGAGAUCAUUCUGGGCCUGGAGCACAUGCACAACCGCUUCGUCGUCUACAGGGACCUGAAGCCGGCCAACAUCCUGCUGGACGAGCAUGGCCACGUGCGCAUCUCAGACCUGGGCCUGGCCUGCGACUUCUCCAAGAAGAAGCCCCACGCCAGUGUGGGCACCCACGGGUACAUGGCCCCCGAGGUGCUGCAGAAGGGAGUGGCCUACGACAGCAGUGCGGACUGGUUCUCCCUGGGCUGCAUGCUCUUCAAGCUGCUGCGGGGGCACAGUCCCUUCCGGCAGCACAAGACCAAAGACAAGCAUGAGAUCGACCGCAUGACAUUGACAAUGGCUGUGGAGCUGCCCGACUCCUUCUCCCCCGAGCUCCGUUCCUUGCUGGAGGGGCUACUGCAGAGGGAUGUCCACCGGAGACUGGGCUGCCUGGGCCGAGGGGCCCAGGAGGUGAAGGAGAGUCCCUUCUUCCGCUCCCUGGACUGGCAGAUGGUCUUCUUGCAGAAGUACCCUCCCCCGCUGAUCCCCCCGCGAGGGGAGGUGAACGCUGCCGAUGCCUUCGACAUUGGCUCCUUUGAUGAGGAAGACACAAAAGGAAUCAAGUUACUGGACAGCGACCAGGAACUCUACCGCAACUUCCCCCUCACCAUCUCCGAGCGGUGGCAGCAAGAGGUGGCAGAGACUGUCUUUGACACCAUCAACGCCGAGACAGACCGGCUAGAGACCCGCAAGAAAACCAAAAACAAGCAGCUGGGCCACGAGGAAGACUACGCCCUGGGCAAGGACUGCAUCAUGCACGGCUACAUGUCCAAGAUGGGCAACCCCUUCCUGACUCAGUGGCAGCGGCGGUACUUCUACCUGUUCCCCAACCGGCUCGAGUGGCGGGGCGAGGGCGAGGCCCCGCAGAGCCUGCUGACCAUGGAAGAGAUCCAGUCGGUGGAGGAAACGCAGAUCAAGGAGCGAAAGUGCCUCCUCCUCAAGAUCCGCGGGGGUAAACAGUUCGUCCUGCAGUGCGACAGUGACCCGGAGCUGGUGCAGUGGAAGAAGGAGCUGCGUGACGCCUACCGUGAGGCCCAGCAGCUGGUGCAGCGGGUGCCCAAGAUGAAGAACAAGGCCCGCUCGCCCCAUGACAUUGAACAGGAGGACCCCCGCGGGCGCACCCCCCUGGAGCUGGCCGUUUCCCUGGGGAACCUGGAGUCUGUGAGAGUCCUCCUUCGACACAAUGCCAACGUGGGCAAAGAGAGCUGUCAGGGCUGGGCAGGUACUGCAGAGGGCAGACGGGCUUCCUUGAGGGUGACAUGGGGUUGGUGA